AUGAGUGGCACCGGUAGUGCGCUUAAUGCAAACGACACGGACGUCGGGGGUCCCACCUCAAUUGAUGGUUCUUUGUCGUUUAAUGGCGUGGAUUCUAUUGCGUCGACAAUCGCCCCGAAGUUGGACACGUCGAACGACGGAGAUGCGUGUACGUGGUACGCCGAAGGUAUCUGCUCGCGGCCGCGUUCUUGCUUUGAUUGUCUCAAUGUCGUUAUCCAAGGACAGAAGUGCACCGUCAGUCCAUUUGGCGAAUGUACCAAUUCGUACAUGAUUUCAAGUGACGGAGGAUAUCCCAUGACCAACUACACUUACUGUCCAGCCGACGAUGCUGCGUGUUCUGCCUGUCGAGCCGAAUGGACCCGUGAUCAUGCAAUGGGUACUCACGUGUCCACGACGGCAAAGUGCAUUGGUCAAUCUGGCUGCAUCUGUCUUGCUGCAUGCGAAAUGCCGGAUCGUGACGACCGGAUUGUGGACGAUUGGUGCAUCCCGGCUAUUGAUGGCUCGAAUUUUCGGCUCGUGGCAGGACUCGUUGCGGGCACUAUUGUCGUCUUUGUGCUUGCAAUGGUGCUGGCUCGACGCCAACUCGCUCGUCGAUCGAGACGAGAGGCGGAAACUCGGGAAGCUCGGAAUGCUUCUCGUAUCGUGUUACGUGAAUCCCGACGACCUUCAGCAUCGGCUCACUUGCCACCGUUGACUUUGUCGGGCUGGGCAGGGAUGCGCGAAAAUUUGGUGUCGAACGAGCGCGUUCUUUUGGAAGGAGGUAGUACGUCGACUAAGCCAACUCUUACCAGGUCAAGUGCGACGCUUCCGAGUACAGAUGUCGAAGAAGGGGAGGGGUACCACUUGAUGUCUCCAACUGGACAGCUGACUACUCGGGAGACGGAGGUUUGA